AUGGACGACAAGAAGCCUGUUGGAAACAUGGGGGUGCUCGAGCCCUCAGCACGAGCCCCCUCCUCAGGGGUCUUAAAACAGUCAUACGAUGACUAUGAAGACAAGACCUUAUCAUAUCUGACGAUAAUGAACCCUCUUCGACCUAGAAUGACCCAUAACACCACCAUGACCAUCCUCAUCUUCAUCUGGAUAGUCUCCGCCGUAGUCGUUAUUCCAACCGCAAUCUACAGCAAGACAUUCAUCAUAGUAGGACCAGGAGGACAAAUAAUGACGCAGUGCGGCGAGAUGGGUUGGCAAAACUCCGCUCUGAAAGCUAACACUCUGUUCCUCGUCAUCGGCGAGUUCAUCUUCCCCCUUCUCCUCAUGUGCAUUAUAUAUUUCCUGAUCGCCAGGCGGUUAUGGUUUCGUCAAGUGCCAUGCGAUCACCUUACAGAACAACAAGAAGCGUCUGCGGAAGCGUCUAAGAGGCGAACUAUACGCAUGCUCAUCAUCGUCGUUGGAUUAUUCGCUGUUUGUUGGGCGCCUUACAACGGCUUCUCAAUAGCUAGGGACUUCUACCUUCAAACGCGCCAGGAAUCUUCAUAUAAGAUCAUCAACACUGUGUUCUACAUGGUCGAAGCUCUAGCGAUGAGCAACAGUAUGUUCAAUACGUUAAUCUAUAUCUUCUUCAAUGCGAACUUUCGCAAGUGUGUGUUUCAAAUGUUCACGCCUGCGCACCGGACAUGUUCCUACCAAUCGACUGUCAGAGUGCGGUAUUCCCGCCCAACACAAGCCGCAAAAGCCUCCUCCAACCACUACGAUGCAUGUAAUAACAGGCAUGAUACAUCGCAAGAAACCGCCAGAACUUCCUUCUAUCAAAGCACAGCUCCGAACUAAAACAAACUGAAAAAGUGAUUGAUAAGAACCCUUCAUCAUCAUGUGCAAAACUUAUUUAGAAUAGGACAAAUGGACUUUCAGUUAUAUGCCUUAGGAAUAUUCUAACAACAGUAGCUCGGUGUUCUGAAAUAUGGGUUUAUAAAAUGAUGUAUACAGCUUUUGAUGAGACAUUUAUUGUAACGUUAAGACAUAAAUUAUGAUGUGCAAUUACAACAAUUUCCUGAAAUCUUACCUCCAUUUACAGAUGAUUUAAACAGGUGUGUUUUUAUACCAAUAUACUAAACUUAGGUGACUAAAGUGUCUUUAAUUUAACAGACGCAGCCAUUUCCUAUAGAUAUGCCGAUCUAAAACAUGUCAUAUUAUACAUGCUCCCUAUUAAAUACAUAUCGUAUUAUAUAUGCUCAUGAUUGAAUUGAAUCUGCCAAGACUUGUAUCGGGGUUUGGGGUUGUACGAAACUUGCUCUUGCAUCAACUGUUUCGGGUCAAAUUCCUACACUAACUAAACUUCAACCUGAGAUCCAACACGACACCUAAAACUAACCCAAACCCCAAACAUAACCGUAACCUAACCCUGAACCUAACCUCAAACCUAAAUGGAAGAUGUAACCCUUAUCCUAUAUAUUUGACGAAAUAAAGCCCGGAGCAAUUGGCAACAUUAGAUGUCGGGCCACUAGUUUUUGAUGUAUCGGUCCUGGUAUCUACGCCGAGACCUAAUGAUGGGUGAAUGUAAAUUAACUUCCUUUAUCUAAUUUAGGUUUUGUUCUUGGAAACCCAGGUCCCAACUUCACCUUUCAACUUUAAAGUUACCUGCAUGAUGAUAAAUGACUGUAAUUUAAUUUUUCCUGGUCUUGGGUUAUUUUUAGAACCUCAAGUCUCAGCUAUAACACCCUUUAACUUCGAGUUUACUUCUUAUAGUGAUUUGAUAAAACGUGGACCUAUUGCACAAUACGUAAACAGUUACCGGACAGUUCACGAUAAUUAUGCAAGCUUCUGCUAUGAGGCAAAAUGAAUAAUUUUAUAGGCGAAUUUACUGUCAUGUUCUGUGAUGUUCAUAAUGUGAUUUUAUCUUUGAAUAGAGUAGUAUAGAUUAAUUUCAGUAAGUAUUUAUAUUAUGUUACCUAUCCUCACCACGCUAUUAAGAAUUUCUAUGUAUAAUACUGUUCAUACUAUAAAACAUACAAAUUAUACUACUUAUACGACUACAAAAUGUAAUUUCACUAUUGUUACUACAGCAUCUACAACAACGAAUACAACCACGAAUACUACUUAUUAAAUUACUACUACUACUACUACUACUACUA